AUGGCUUUAAAAGGCGUAAAAGUUAUAGAAAUGAUAGGAUUAGCACCUGGCCCAGUUUGUGGAACUAUUUUAGCUGAUUUUGGUGCUACAGUAACGGUUGUUCAUAAGUUGGAUCCACCGCCAUUUGAUGUAAUGUCUAGUGGUAAAAAAAUGUUAUCAGUCAAUUUAAAAUCUAAUGAAGGCGUGGAUAUUAUAAAGAAAUUAUGUGCUUCUACGGAUGUCUUUAUAGACACAUAUCGCCCUGGAGUUCUGGAAAAAAAUGGCCUAGGUCCAAAUACUCUAAUGAAAGAAAAUAGCCGCUUGAUAUAUGCAAGAUUAUCAGGAUAUGGUCAAACUGGAUAUUAUAAAGAUAAACCAGGACAUGAUAUUAAUUAUGCAGGAAUAUCUGGUGUUUUAUCAAUGCUCACAAGAAAGGAACAGCCUCCUUUCCCACCAUUAAACCUUCUUGCCGACUUUGCAGGGGGAAGUUUACUUACUGCACUAGGUAUAGUCCUGGCUCUCUUUGAAAGAACUAUGUCUGGAAAGGGACAAGUAAUAGAUUUAAGUAUGACUGAAGGUGCAGCUUAUGUGGCAAAUUGGCUUUUUAAAUCCAGAUCCUUGCCCAUUUUUAGUCAAGAUCCUGGAAAAAAUAUACUUGAUGGCGGAGUGGCUUUUUAUAAUACAUAUAAAACUAAAGAUGGAAAAUUUAUGGCCGUUGGCGCACUUGAGCCAUUAUUUUAUUCAAACUUCAUAAAGGGCUUGCAAUUAUCCGAAGAUGUUUACUAUCAAGGUGCAGACCAAGAAAUGUGUCAGAGAAAGUUUCAAGAUGUAUUUUUAACUAAGACACAAGAAGAAUGGACUGUGAUUUUUGAUAAGCUAGAUGCAUGUGUAACACCAGUGGUUUAUUUCGAUGAAGUAGAUAAAAAUCAGUGUAAUGCAUCAAGGAAAUCUUUUUAUAUAGACCAUAAUAACAAUAUAGCACCCGAACCUGCACCUAAGUUCUCUAGAACAUUGCCAGUAGCUACUGGGAAGGAGGCACCACCAAAACAUGGACAACACACAUCUGAAAUUUUAACUGAACUUGGUUAUUCCAAGACUGAUAUUCAUGAAUUAAUAAACAAAGGUUGUGUUUAUGCCACAGAAAAAUCAAAAUUGUAA